GUAGACAGCGUCAACAGAAGACUCAUUGUCAAACAAUUGUCCCUUCGUCACUUUCCACAGUCCAAUCCCCUUCGGUACUCUCUGGCAGGAUCUGUGAAGAUGAGGUCAAGUAUUGCGCUUGCCUUUGUCACCGCCCUCGGUCUCUCGGCUGCCAGCGGCUGCGUGUCUCGCUGUUGUCUGGAACUACAAAAGGCCGACAAACUCAAGGGCAAAGUUUACUUUCCUGACUCGAGCGCAUACGAGGAUCGUCUGGACUCAUACUGGUCUGUCAGUGCCGCAUUGUCACCUUGGUGCAUGGUUCAGCCUUCCACCGCAGAUGACGCAUCCCAAAUAAUCAAAUUCCUUGUCGCUGGUGAUUGCCCCUUUGGCAUCCGUGGCGGAGGACAUGGUGCUCAUACUCUUUCCAACAGCGUUGAACAUGGCGUUACCAUCGACUUUGGAAACAUGAAUGCCACAACAUGGGACCCGGACACCAAGCUCGCGUCUAUUCAGCCCGGUGGUCACUGGCAAAGUGUCUACGACGAACUGGUGCCCUACGGCGUCACUGUUGCAGGGGGGCGCGCUGGCACAGUCGGCACGGGGGGCUUCGUCAGCGGUGGUGGAAACUCAUUCUACUCCGCGUCUCAUGGCAUGGCCUGCGAUACUGUUGCCAACUUUGAGGUUGUGCUCGCCAAUGGAAGCAUUGUCAAUGCCAACAAGGACAACCAUCCAGAUCUCUGGCAGGCUCUCAAGGGUGGCAGUGGAAAUCUGGGGCUCAUCACCAGUUUCGACAUGUACCCCAUCGAUUACGCCGAUCCAACAAAACCUGUUGUUUGGGGUGGCAAUCUGUUCUACGAUUUAGCUUCGGGCCCGGCAGUGAUCGAUGCUCUCGUUGACUUCACGAACAAUGUUUACAAGGACGAGAACAGCUCUUCUAUUGUUUACUGGGCUUACUUACCUGAUAUUUUGGGGGGCACCAUGCUCAAUGCCGCCAUUGAGAACACGCUUGCAACGGUGAAGCCAAGGGCAUUUGACGGGUACUACGCUGUGGAAGGCAUCUACGAUGAUACGACCAAGAUCGACACCCUCUCUGCUGUCGCUAACGAGCUUGGGUCUGGACAACCUGCCGGAUUCCGUAACAUCUGGCUCGCCGCAUCCUUCAAGAACGACGCUCGCCCAAUGAACUAUGCAGUCGAGAAAUUCACCGAACUAAAUGCUGAGCUGGAGAAGGUUGCCCCAUCUCAAGAGACUGGCCUCAACACGCUCUGCAUGUUCCAGCCCAUCACCGAAUCCAUUGUCGAGAAGGGCGUGGCAAACGGCGGCAACGUCAUGGGGCUCGAAAGCCACAUCAAUGAUGGCAACGGUAUCAUGUUCUUGCUCACUUUUGCAGUUCAUGGUCGUGAAGCUGAGGAACGGGCGCUGCCUCUUCUCACGGCGUACAUGCAGGACCUCGACGAUUACGCAGACAAGCUCGGCGUUAACUGGGGUUGGCGCUAUUUGAACUACGCGCACCGCAGCCAGGACGUGAUAUCCUCCUUUGGGGAAGAUGCCGUCGAGAAACUACAGGCCGCCGCUGCCAAGUAUGAUCCGGAUGGCGUAUUCCAGAGGCUGCGUGGGUCGGGGUUCAAGCUUCCUUGAAUGUACCACAAGUCGCAUUGUACUUGUGCUUCUGUCUCUAGCUGGGGCUACACGUAGUCCAUGGCAGGCAGGUAAGCAAGCUUGAACGGCUUGGCGGUGAGACCUUGAGGACUGGAAGAUGUCGACCUGAACAGAAACUAGAGGUGACAUAUAUACACGUGCGCGCCGGAAAUGAUACCCUUGUAGAGAUGGUCACGCUAAG